CCUCCACCCCUUCUGGGACGAAAGAGGGAACCACAUCUUCCCCUUUCUCCGCCCGGUGGAAGCGAUGCCAGGAGCCUCCCUUGACAGGACGGAGAGUGGCUAAAACUAGCGGCUGGGGAUCCUCAAAGUGAAAGAUGGGUCUCCUGUUGCAACUGCUGUUGGCCUUGGGCCUCUUGGUCCUUCCCUCUGCCUCCGAGUGCCCCCCGUCCCAGCAGGGCAAUGACACGGGCCCUUGCGAGUGCCUGCGGAUGUCCCGCAUCUUCCGCGACUGCCUGCGAUGCCCACCGGAGCUGGGCUGCCAGUGCGUUGCCCCUGACAGGCGCCUCCUCAACGUGACCGACUUCUACGGCCGCUCCUGCUGGGGCCCGCCAGCCAACAUCGUCUACGUGGCCUUCGUGGUGCCCAUCAUGGGCGCCAUCCUCAUCCUCGCCAUGGGAUACUUGAUUGUCCGAAGCCGGAAGCAGGCCCCGUCAGUGGCGGGAAGCAGCAAGAGGUCCUCCGACGCCUCCGAGGCCCAGUCCCGCUAUGCCAACCAGGGAUCGAGGACCGACUAUGAGAACAUCUUCAUGGACAGACAACCACGGCGAGACAGGGGAGCCUCCAAAAGCAGGCCACCCCAAGUGCCGUAUGCUGCCGGACCUCAUGGAGAGCAACCCAUCUAUGCCAACGCCCAGGGUGUCUAUUACAACUACAUCCCGCCGCCGGCCCCUGGGGUCCAUCAGGAACCCCUCUACGUCCGUCCAGAUCACUGAAUGGGAAAAGGACCUUUUCCAGCAGCCCCUAUGGGCCACCCAACCCCUUUCCCCACUACUUGCUGUCUUCUGGAUUUUUAUGGAUGUAUUAAAUCCGUUUCUUUAGUGAC